AUGUCCUUCUUUAAGAAAAUCAAAGAUGAACUGAAGGAGAUGCUGAAAGACGAUGAUGACAAGGACAAGCAGAAGCAACAGAGCGGAGGACAGUUAGGAUUUGGCUCGUCGGAUCAAUACCAGCCGCAGCGGGAUCUCAACCAAGCACCCAACACGUACAGUCAAUAUCCGCCAUACCAGCAAGGUCCGCCGGGACAGAACUCGUACAACUCACCGCCGCCACCGAACGCAGAUUAUCCUCCGCCACAGAACCCUCCCCUGCCCCCGGGGUGGAUAUCUCAGUUCGACCACAAUAGCCAACGGUGGUACUACAUCUAUCAGCCGACCGGUCAGGUACAGUGGGAAUUCCCGGGCCCUGCUCCAGGUGUGCCGCCUCCUGCUCCUGCUCCCGGGUUCCAACAAUCAUACGGUCAAGCCAUGCCUUCCGUGCCAUACAUGCCGGGACACAAUGAGAAUUCGAAAGGUUACUACACCGGUUCUGUACAACCUGAAAAGAAGGGUUCGGGGAUGGGCGGUGUGAUCGCCGGAGGUCUGGGCGGUGCCGCGGUGGGUGCACUCGUGGGACAUGCGUUGAACGACUCGGAUAGUGAUAAUGAAGGACGUGCUUCGGCCGCUGGUGCUGGGUACGGUGCCGCCCCCGGUGCAUACGGCGCUCCUCCGGGCGUUCCACCAGCAUCAGCAGAUCCUCCGCUCGAGUUCAAUCCAGAUCUCUCGUCAAGUCAACGUUCGUCGUUGCAGGAGGCACGCGAGAGCCUUGAAGAACAGAGGGCAAAAGUUGCCGAGGAUUCGAGUCCGAGUAGCAGCGAUAUCGAGGACUUGAGGGAGGCCGAGGAGGAAUAUGCAAGUGAAGUUGAGAGCGCACAAGAGGAGCUCGAGGACUAG